CCCCAGUCUUUUCUCUAGUUACAAUCCAACAUGGCGGAUACGAAAGUGGAGAGAAGCUUUUGUUGCUUUUCUUUUUACAAAGUUCUUUAGCUUUUAGAAAAAUCAAAAGCUAGAAUGGAAGGUAACCAGAAGUCCGUAGAGUCUCGACUCUUUCGAACCAGUGCUCUUGUUUCGAAGGAUGAAUUUGAAGAGAAACUCGAGAAACACUACAGCGCGGUCAUGGGGAUAGUGAACGGUUUAUCAGAGCGAGAAGCCCACGAUGCUCUGAAUCAAACUGUGUGCAAGAGUAUGCAAUUACAUGAAGAAGUAUCACUUGGCUUAUUAUACAUAAUACUGACUGAUCCUGCUGGAGCACCUAAGGCCUACAGGGACUUGUCAUUCAUCACCCGCGAUUCCUUGGGAAUGGUUAUCGCUAAAGUCAUUGGGAAUAUUGCUGACAGAUUUGCAAAACUGCAUGAAACAGCAAGAACACAGCUGAUUUGGCUUACAUCAGAGUUUGUUAAGAAUUCUGUCAUCGGGACAGAGGGUCUUUGCCACGCCCUGUUACGGCAGAUUGUUGGGGGAGAUAUCUCACCCCCUAAUGUAUGGCUGACAGAAUCUAUGCUCAACCUACUCAUCACACACAGGACCUGGCUUGAGAAGAACUCUGUCCUUCUUGCGACUGCUGUGUACUGCUACCUCAGGCUGAUACAUGAUCACGAGGCUGCACCCUUCAAAAACCUGAAAGCAAUGGAAGUAGAGUUUUGUAUAUCAAUGCUAAGAGAAAAGUUUUCUGAUUGCAUCCAAAUUGGCCGAGAUCUUGUCAGGCUGCUACAGAGUGUUGGAAGAAUACCAGAAUUCCAGGCAUUAUGGAGAGAUAUGUUACAUAAACCACAAAGUCUCAGCCCUCAGUUUACAGGCCUGAGUCAACUGAUGAGAAUAAGGACUUCCAGAAAGUUCCUGGCUUGUCGUCUGACACCAGAAAUGGAAAACAAAAUGUUAUUUCUCACAUCAAAAGUAAAGUUUGGCCAGCAAAAGCGCUACCAGGACUGGUUCCACCGCAUGUACUUAUCCUCCCCUGAAAGCCGUAGUCUUAUUCCUGACCUGAUACGGUUUAUUGUGGGUGUGGUCCACCCAUCCAACGAGGUCCUCUGUUCUGACAUCAUUCCUCGCUGGGCUAUUAUUGGUUGGCUACUUACAUCUUGUCAGACUGCUGUGGCAUCUGCUAAUAGCAAGUUGGCGUUGUUCUAUGACUGGCUAUUUUACCAGCCUGACAAAGACAAUAUUAUGAAUAUAGAACCAGCGAUAUUACUGAUGCACCACUCCAUCAAGAGCCACCCUGCCAUCACAAAGACCUUGCUGGACUUCAUCUGUAGGUUGAUGUCCAGCUUCUGUCCUUCGCUUGAAAAGGAGGUUCGCCAAGGAGUGCGCAAUGGUUUCCGCACGAUCCAGAAAAAGAAGGUUGUCAUGUCACUAUCACCUGUGCUAGACAACCCAAAGAUGGAGAGAGACUUGAAGAUCUUAGUCAGAAAAGAACUCAGCGAAUUCUUGAACUCUGGCCCACGAGUGGAGGAAUCCACUAGCUCUACUUAUAACAAGAUCGAGCUUGGCCCGCAAUCGUCUGGUGUUCUAUCCCUCACGAGUGACCCUCCCCCCCUGGAGGCCAUGGGUAAGGAGGGUGAAGCACACACUGACAGCGGCGUGGAGGAAGAGAUAGACAUUCCGGAUGAAGAAGCAGUGUUCUCAGACCCCGAGGAUGAAGAUGAGGCGGAACCUAUCAAAUCAGAGCCUGUGGAAAAGUACUACGAGUUUAAGCCAAUCAGCAAGGACGCUACGGAGGAGGGGGACCUGAGUACUGGACCAGGGGGUGGAGUAGAGGCCGGAGGGGAGGAGAGGGAGAGUAGUGAGGAUAUUAAUGAGCUAGAGGAAUUGGAAAGUCUUAGUGAUGAGCUGAAGGAAAUGGUGCUCAAGUUUCAUCAUGAGACGAGCGACCCUACUCUGCGGUGCGAGCUCAUGGAGAAUGUUCUCACGGGCGUGCUGGAUUUGGAUGAGUUCGAGGAUGAAGAGAACGCCAAACCACUCGCCGUCUGCCUCAACUUCUGCAUGGCGGAUGAUCUGCUGCUACCCUGCAUGCCGCGAAACAAGAGUCUUGAAGACGCUCUUGAAAGCCCUGUAUACGUUCUUUGCAGAAACAUCUGCGCCCUACCUACACAUGACGUCAGUCGGGAGAGGUUCCUUACUUUGCUCAGUGCGCUCAACGAUGAGAACAACAAAUUUGCCUACCACUUCCUGUUCUACCUAAAGGCCAGCGCGAGUGACGAAGAGCGCCUCACGAUGUACGAAGACUUUGCGAGCGCGUCACGUGGUGAGAGAUCCCUCCAGGGCUGUCUAAUAGAGGACCUAAAGGUCUGUCAGGAGUACGAUCCAAGAGCGUUCCGGUUCCUGAUUCCGUCGAUUUACCGGAAGUUCUCCGAGCACGUGGUCGGUGAUAGCGAGGUUCUUCAUAUGCUGGUCUGCAAUAUGGAGCCAAGACAGCUCAACGAGUUUAUCUGUGAGAUUACAAUGGGCGAGCUGGUAAUCUUUGGCGAAGAGCAACUUGACUCACUCAUAGAGUCUACCCUCGAUUGGGAGUCUUUUGAGCAGUACUGCGUGUGGCAGUUGAUCCAGGCAGAAGAUGUCUUGCUGGAGUCUAUCGUUAGCAUUCUGCCCCAGCUUCACCCUGAAAAACACGCCGAGGCUCUAGCCAACCUGCUCAUUAUCAUGAAAAGCGUGCCGCCCUCCGUUGAUCUCCUGACGCCUGUGCUCGAGAUGGACUGUAGCGACAAAAGGCCUGGUAACCAGUUCACGUGUGCUCUGCUAAAGUACUGGAGCCAAGAGCACGCGCGAGACCUCGCCCAGCUCGUCAGUCAGCACGUGUGCAAACAGCUUUCCGGAGGCAAGAAGAGGAAAAGCUCAAAGAAUCAGCCGUCUGUGGAGCAAGUCUUGACACACCUCAACUGGCUCUACAAGGUGUGCCAGGAGCAGGAAGACAUCAAGUUUUUUAAACAGGAGUCGCUAGUGAAGGCACUAGAGCAAGUGAGGGUAGCGGCGCCAGAAGCGAGAAAAAACAGGUUCAAAAUGCUGUUCUCAAUAUGUGACGAGAAGGAAUCGCGCAAGCGCACCACGCGCAUGUCACGUGUCACCGCAAAUAGACCGUCAUCCCCUGCAUCUUCAGAUGAGAGCGACGAGGAGGACGUGGCACUGAAGCCCAAACAAGCCAAGCGCAGGAAGAAAAAUGGCGGGUCUUCUGUUGAUUCAGAUAGCGAUGACUAGAUAGGUUCCUUGUCAGGGGCUUCUGGGUGAAAUAUAGGCCAUGGCAUUCAUGGUCAGCGGUACUGCCAUACUAAGCAAGCGAUAAACAGACACAGGAUACCCAAAAUGACAAGUCGCCUGAAUGUAGGCAAAGGCAGAUGAGAUUAUGAUCAUGUUAAUUAUUGUGUAAACUAUUGUAAAUAAAACAACCGUACAGUUUUCUGCUGAU